CAUGUGACGUUAGACUCAGCUGUAGAAGCAUUUCUUGCUGCCUCCCGGUGCAAUGUUUUGCAGGGAUGCAAAAUUGGUCACAACACCGGUGGUUCCAGCCGGAGGGGGCGGAGCGGCUCGGAGUCUCUGCGGGGAAUGGAGCAUCUCAGGCGGGAUGGAGUCUGCAGGUAGACGGCGGUGUUUGGGUCAGGUCCGCCGGUGAAGAUGUCUGUCUCCGGGAUGAAGAAGCAGCUCCACAAAGCCAGCCAGCUGCUGAACGAGCGGCUGAUGGGAGCCGAGGGAACAAAGAUGGAUGACGACUUCCUGAAGAUGGAGAAGAGUGUGGAGGUCCUCCAGUCUCUGCUGGUGGAGCUGCUGUCCAGAACCACGGAGUUCCUCCAACCACACCCAGGCGUCCGAGCCAAACUGAGCGUGCUCAACACGAUGUCCAGGAUCCGAGGGCAGGGGGGGGCUGCGGGCUACCCGCAGACAGAGAGCAUGCUGGGAGACUGCAUGUCGCACUACGGCCGGGAGCUCGGUGCUGCUUCUGAAUUUGGCGGCGCCCUGGCGGAGGCGGGGGAAGCUCUGCAGCAGGUCGCUCAGGCCCGACACGCUCUGGAUGGAGACAUCAAGCGCUCCUUCAUCGGCCCACUGGAGCAGCUCCAGAACACAGAGCUGAAGGAGAUACAGUUCCAGCUGAAGAAGCUCAACGGCCGUCGGCUGGACUUUGACUACAAGAGGAGGCGGCGAGGGAAAGUCCCGGCACAGGAAGUCCAGCGGGCCUGGGACAAGUUCCUGCUGUCCAAAGAGCUGGUGGAGCGGAGCAUGUUCGUCCUGCUGCAGAGUGACGUGGACCAGCUGAGUCGUCUGGCCGCUCUGGUCGCCGCUCUGCUCGACUUUCACCGCAACGCCCACCGCAUCCUGCUGGGUCUCCAUGGCAACCUGCAGGCCAGGCUGACUGCGUCCAGUAACAGACCCGAGCGCCGCUUCAGACCCAAAAAGAUCCGAGUCAGAAAUGAACUCAACGGCAGCUUCCCAUCGAUCACACGUGCAGUUCCCUCAGGAGAGCAGCUCUCAGCGUUACCCUCCAGACCCAGCAGUCCCAUCUCCUGUUACGCUGACAGUAAUCUGAUCCUGGAUCAGCCGUGCUGCAGGGCGAUGUACUCAUUCCGUCCGAGCCACGCCGGCGAGCUGAGCUUCAGCGAGGGCGACGUCAUCGUCCUGACCAAUCAGGUCGACGCCAACUGGUUCGAAGGCACGCUGGCCGGCCAAUCAGGACUGUUCCCCGUCAGCUACGUGGACGUGCUAGUGCCGCUGCCGUUACCGUGAAGACAUCCAGGGACUGUUUCACCGGGAGGACGGCCAUAGUUUCUACUGCAGAGCACUUUAGUUUCUGACCUCGUGUUGGACUUUAAAUAUACGAAGACAAGUCGCGACACAGACGCUCAGCCAGCACGCCAUCACGCCAUCUUUAGACUACGGCGUGUGUUUCCCUUUAAGACUUGUAGACCUUCACUUCCUGCAAAAACCGGCUCCUGCCUCACAUUACACAUUACUGCACAUUACUAAUCCUUAAUGCAUCUGAUGCUGCGUCUCCACUGCUACGUUCCUCUCAUCCCCCUCUCAUUCCCCCUGCUCUGGCGUUUCC